GUCAUUCCAGUUCCAGAGCAUCUUUGAAACAGUUCAUUUCAUCCUUUCAUCAUGGUCAUGAUUUGUUGUAGAAUUUAAGUCAACGUGAAUUUUAGAUAGCACUUUGACUCAGUUUUCCCUUUUCUCUCAAGUUUUACCGUUUUUCCAAUGUGGCACCACUGAUCGAUACUGCUGGCUGGCCAUUUCCUUUACGACCACAACUCCAUACGGAUCUGUGUGAAGUGUGAUUCCGAGUCAGAUAACAAGUCACGUGACAUUGCGUCAGUUUCUGUUCAGCUCAACAUUCCAGACCCAGAAAGUUCUUUCAUCUUCUGUAUGAAGCAGUUCAGUGUGAACAAUUAUAAAAUUGCAAGUCCCGUUUUGCAUCACAUCCUCUCACGCGUGAAUCAUUAGGUGAAAUACGACAGUUGCCAUAAACAGCUGUUCUUGUAAAGACAUUUACAGAAUUGGUUGACUCUGAAUUGUUAAAGAAAUGCCGACUGUUUACAUUUGGCGGCCUCAAGGGAAGACCAACCCAUUUGGCCAUGUCGCCUUGAAAACCGACAAGUUUUACAUCAGCUUUUGGACCAGUACUGGAUUUAGUGAUGACAAAAUUGAGCAAUUGAAAGAAGUUUUUGACUUUGUUGAUGGUGUGAGAGGAGCGAUCGUCUUCAACCAAAAUGUCGACCGUAAAAACGAAAACGACUUUGACCCCAUCGAAUAUAUUGACCCCAUCCCCUUCUUAAGGGAUGAAGACAUCAAUUCAAUUUACGAAGAAUUCCUUCGUUACAACGAAAUCAAUCCGGAAGAUGUGACACUGGAAAGAGGUGAGCAAUUAUUCAAAAAGUACCAAGAAUACGAGGAAUUGAAAAAAUCACUGCCACGGGAAGAAGCCAAAAAGAUGAAACAACCGGAAGUACCAGAGAAAUCACUCCCUAAAACCAACUACUCAUUUUCAGUUGAGUUUGUGAGUAGAAAGGACGAGUCUGAAGUGCCAUUCUACCACCAAAAACAAAGUUGUGUCUCUUUUGUUUUUAAUCUCAUUCAAAUGGCUUGGCUUGAAAAUUGUUCGGAUUAUGCCAUUCCCAUCUUUUAUAGUGAUGUUGCUGGUCAAAGCUUUUUUGGAAGAAAUGUUGUUAGUAGUGAUUUUAAAUACAGGGAAUUUCCUUUUAGGGUGGAUUGGUUCGAAAAAGAAAUUUUGAAAGGAAAAAGAUGGGAUCUGGAUGCAAGUUGUGUGAGUUAUUGGACAACUACGCGGGACCCAUUUACACUCUUUAAUCUCUUUAUUGUUUUACCUGGCGGAAUUUUCUUUUUAAUCUUGUCUUUUUUGUUUUUCUUCUCCCCAUUUUUGCGUUACCCCGUUCUCUUUGUAGGAUUUAUCUGCACUGAAGCAUUUUCUAGGAAUCAUUGGAUUUUGAGUUUUUUCUUAAUGUUGUUUGUCUAUUACAUUUACCCAAUUAAUCACUUUCUUCUUCUUUUUUUAAUGUUCUGCUAUCAUAGUGUUACACUUUACAUGUUUUCCCCACCCCAAUUUUUCGAUUCCUAUUUUAAAGAUAUCUUGCCUAAUACGAUUAUUUGGUUUUAUACAUUUGCUGAUCGUUAUAGGCGAGGUUAUGGGUUGUAAAAUUAUAAUCAAAUAACACUCAAGUUAAACACUGCUUCAAAUAUGUUGCUGUAGUUCCAAAAACUUGAUUCUUUUUGGAUUAAUGAGUAGGUCACAGCUGCACGUGUUUUUUUACCUGUAUUUGACCAGUUGUAUACGAAUCAUUCAAGUCGUAAAUACAUUUUUCGUUCAAACUUUUGAAAAAUUCCAUGUCUGUGCUGUGCCCAUUAUGAAAAAAAGUUCGACUGUAAUAGACUUUAUUAUAUUCAACCCCUUGUAAUUUCGUUAUCUCACAGGGGAAAUCUAAUUAAUUUCAUAAGUAAGUAAGUUGUAACUACGUUUCGGAAAAUGU